AAGUUUUCCCCACAGGCAGGGAACGUGGCAGCUAAGGUCAGGGGCCCGCCACAUCACAGCCCUAAAAAUAUCCUCCGCAUUUGAUGCCCGUCACAGAGUGGUUAUACAAUCUGUGCCCUGACUUGAGCCUGCCAGAAUUAAACCUUACCGUGUUCUGCCUCUGAGGACUGCUUCACAACAAGCUGCCAGAAUGAUGAAAACAAAAUUUUCAAGCAGGAAGACGAAGGACUUCAAUCUCCCGAUAAUAAAUCAUGUGUGAAAGCAAGCCACAGUGAGAAAAUGGCUUCUCACAAGUCAAAGACUGGCACCAAGAUAAAUGUUACAAAAGCAGCAGAAGAAUCCAGUCCAGUGGAUGAAUAUGUCACACCUGGGGGCUAUGAGCUGGAGAAAAUCCUCAACCGUGGGAGUGUGGCUUAUACUCAUGUCAAUGAGGUGUGGCCUAAUGUCUACAUCGGGGACGAGGAGACUGCAAAGGACAAGUAUAAACUGAAGAAGUUGGGGAUUACGCACAUCUUGAACGCAGCAGAGGGGACGUGGAACAACGUGGACACCGGAGCUGGUUACUACAGCGACAUGGACGUCGUCUACUAUGGCGUGGUGGCAGAAGAUGUCGCAACAUUUGACCUCAGCCAGUAUUUCUUCUCUGCUGCUCAGUUUAUUAAAGAAACACUGAGCAAUCCUCAGAAUAAACUGCUGGUGCACUGUGUGAUGGGAAGGAGUCGUUCCGCCACGCUUUUCCUCGCCUACCUCAUGAUCUGUGAGAACAUGACGGUGGUCGACGCCCUCGAACACGUGAAAAAAUGCAGGCGAAUCAUCCCCAACUGGGGCUUCCUGAAACAGCUAAGAGAGCUGGACAUGCACCUCCAGGAGAAAAGGGGAGAGUCUACAGAGCAGAGCUGUUGACUCCGGUCAAGCGUCAAGUCAAUGGGGACAAAUAAAAGGUCCUUCAAGACAAGUUUCAUAGUCAUUGCAUGUCUUAGUCAAGUACCAAAGCUCAAAUCAUUCAAGACAAGUCCAGUUUAGGUCUUAGGACCAAUGUGCGUAAUUUAAGACAACCCCAGGUCAAGUCAUAAGUAAUUUGGGAUAAGUUCAAGAUGAGUUCAAUCUCAAGUCAAGUCUCAGGUCUAUCACAGCAAGUCCUUGAAGAAAGUCCAAGUCUCAAGUAAUGUGAGACAAACCAGUCUCAAGUCAUUGUGGAUGAGUUAAAGCUAUGUCUUGAGUCUACAAGUCCAAAUGAGAUGAAUCCCAACCCAUUCAAUACAUGUCCGAGUCCAGUACCAGGUCUAUCACAAGUCAAGUCGUUUAAGAAAGGUCCAGUUUAGGUUUUUAGGCCAAUGUAGGUCAUUUGAGACAACUCCAAGUCACAGUCAAGUCUCAGGUCUACCACGACAAGUCUCAAGCCAAGUUUCAAGUCCUUGAAGACAAGUCCAAGUCUCAAGUCAUUGUAUUAAAAGCUACGUCUCAGGUCUACAUGUCGAAAAAAGCUAGUUGCACGUCAAGAUGCCAGUAUUUCCUGAAUAUUACAUGGCUUUUGAACAUUUUCCCUUUACACCAAAUUUUUUUUCAACAACAGAGAUAAUUAAAUAUUCAAUGUGUGUGGCGAAGCAAAGCCUGUCUAUUGUUGUCCCAUUUUUUAUAAGGUAAAAACCUGAAUGUUUUUGCUUUGAGGUUUUGUCUAAAAUUCGGAGGGGUGAAAUUUCAAGUACAUCAUCAAGUUUCAGAGCAGGCAAGUCCGAGUCAAGUUUCCUUUUUUUUUUUUUUACUUCAUUUUAUUUUAAAAUACUUUUCUGCAGAGAAAACAGCUGCCUGGAUUACCACGAAUUUAAAAUCUAUCAUUGCAUUUCUCAAUUCUGUGACACGCCUCAGGCUGGUAAAUGUUUCAAAUUAAAAGGAGAACAAUCAAAUACAUGGUCAAUCAUAAUUUAUUCUUAUGCUAAAAUGUACAGCAUUUUUAAGUAACUGACAAAAGGAGAAAAGUCAUAAAUACAAGAAUGUCAUUCUGUCCGAUUUUUGUGCACAUAGCCAGGUAUUUUCCCCCCUGUUCUUACCAGCAACUCUGUACAGGUACAAAGGCUACAAAAGAGCAAUAUAAACAAAAACACAAGUACAAGUUGCGUUUUACAUGCAAUCCAUUAGCUUAGUUUGGUCUAUUCACAGGCUCUAUUCUUCUACACUUCGGUAAAAUAUAAAUCCAACAUUUUAUAAAGAUAGAAAACAAAUCUACAGAUGGAAUGAAAACGUAGCUUUAAAGGCAUUAUGUAAAAUAUCAACUUUGGACUAAAUUUAUAUUUUCUUUAUUGUUAUUCAUCGUUAUAAUCAUUUAGUUCUUUUUAAAUUCUGCCACACUUCUGGACAUUUUGAAAUGUUUUAGAACUUUCAGGGUACAAACACUGAGAUAUGCUUUGUUAUUUUGACAGAAAUCAGUCUGCUUUAUUAAACAGAAAGCUGCCUCAAGGA